AUCAUGACACAUCAGGUCAGCCGCUCUCCGUUCCUCAAGCCCUUCUACAGGAGGACCCCGGUUGGUGGGGUCAUCCCGCGACCCCAGAGACGCCACACACUCCCCGCCAGCGAGUUCAGGAACCUGACCCCACAGGAUGCCAUCAGCGUGUUUGAGAUCGAGAGAGAAGCAUUCGUCUCUGUGUCUGGUGAGUGUCCACUCACUCUUGACGAGGUGCUGAACUUCCUAAGUCAGUGUCCGGAGCUCUCCCUGGGCUGGUUUGAAGAGGGCCAGCUGGUGGCGUUCAUCAUCGGCUCAGGCUGGGGAAAAGAGAGACUGGAGCAGGAGGCCAUGACCCAGCAUAUCCCAGAAACCUCGGCAGUGCACAUCCAUGUGCUGUCUGUGCACCGCCACGCUCGCCAGCAGGGUAAAGGUUCCAUCCUGCUGUGGCGCUACCUGCAGUACCUGCGCUGUGUGCCAGGCCUCCGGAGGGCCCUGCUGGUCUGUGAGGAGUUCCUGGUGCCCUUCUACCAGAAGGCAGGCUUCAAGGAGAAGGGGCCUUCUGCUAUCAUCGUGCCCAACCUCACCUUCCAGGAGAUGGAGUACCAUAUUGGCGGCGCGGCCUACGCACGGCGGAACAGCGGCUGCUAGUCACUGCCGGCCGUCCCCACCCCGCUCAUAAUCUGAUCAACCCUAGCACUGGAACCCAUCCACCAUGUCAACAUAGACUCUGGUCAUCACAGUUGACCAUCCAGACCACACUACAGCAUCAGACAGACAGAUCCAAGCACCAACCUGGUCUCAGAGCAUUUCAUAUUAUUCUCCACGUAAA